AUGCGCCUCAUCAAGCAAAAUAUCGAGCGGAAUGGCUCGGGUUCUGUUACGCUCUACCCAGAGGAACCAGAAGACAUGUGGCAUGCGUACAACCUCAUACGGCCUAAUGACCUUCUAAAAGCCAGCGCAAUACGCCGGGUGACCACCACCGCAACUACAGGAACUACAACUUCCUCCCGCGUCCAUAUGAACUUACAAAUCCGUGUUAAGAGUCUUGAUUUCGACAUCCAAAGCUGCCAGCUCCAUGUAUCCGGUCAGAUCGUUGUAGAAACACCAUAUACGAAGAUUGGCCAGCAUCACACCCUUGAUUUGGAAUUACAGAGGAAUUUCACGUUAGAGAAAGAAGUAGAAGGCACAGCCCUGCCAGGGGAUGGGCCAUCAACGGGUACCUCCGCUGGUGGAUGGGACAGUAUGGCAAUUGAAAUGUUGAAAGAUGCCGUUGAUGAGGGUGGUAAAAGGAGGGCGGAGGCCGUGGCUGUGGUUAUGCAAGAAGGACUUGCAAAUAUAUGCUUUAUUGGACAAUAUCAAACAGUUCUAAAGCAGAAGGUCGAGCUUACAAUCCCAAGAAAGAGGCAAGGGGGAAGUGACCAUGACAAGUCCCUAUCGAAGUUCUAUCAGCUUACCCUAGACAACCUUUUGCGCCUUAUCGAAUUCAACAGCGCCACAGGCUCUUCUGUCGUCACCACACCAACUUCAGGUUCAGGUAGUGAUACGGCCGCAAAGCCUAUCCUCCUUGCCUCUCCGGGAUUCACUGCAGCCGGAUUCCAAAAACAUAUUCAAUCCGUUGCCAACACUACCACACCAUCCUUAAAACCACUCCUCCAAAGCUUGGUAGUAGUUCAUUCUUCAUCAGGCCACAUCCACUCCCUAAAUGAAGUGCUACAGUCCCCUGCUGUCCAAGCACGAUUAGCCAACACAAAAUAUGCGCGCGAGACGGCACUGAUGGAUACAUUCUACACACAUCUACGAAAGGAUACGAACAAGGCUACCUAUGGCCCUGGCGAGGUAGAGUCAGCCGUCGAUCAGGGAGCAGUAGGUAGAGGCGGAGGAGUCUUGUUGAUCUCGAAUAGGUUAUUCAGGGCGCCAAAUGUGCGUGAGAGACAGAGGUGGGUUGCCCUAGUGGACCGGGUGAGGGAUGUCGAAGGCGGAGAGGUCAGAGUCCUUAGUUCUGAUCAUGAAAGUGGGAGAAGGUUGGACGGCCUAGGUGGCGUUGCUGCAAUUUUGACAUUUCCUAUUGAGGACAAUGACGAAGAGCAUGACGAAGAAGAUGGCUAA